AGAGUCUGGAGCAGAGACAAUUUUAACUUAGCCAUUCCUAAUUUAUCUCAAGCAUUUUCAAUUCAUCUUCACUGCUCUAUGCACACAGGAACACCAGAUUGCCAUCCCUGGGGAACAGAAUGCAACCAGGGAUCUGGAGAGCUGUCACAUUCCAAGAAAUAUUUAAAUUGUGCUGAUUUUCUUCUGGAGAACUGAGCCCAGGGAAUGAAACUCUCCAUCAAGUCAUAGCUUUGCGGGCAAUAGAUCAGAGGAUAUUGCCAGUUUUCUAAUGGAUUAUUGUUAUCGGGCAGGUUUUCUCUGAAGGGUUCAUUCACUUACCCAGCUAUCUAAAUCUGCUCAGCUUCCAGGUCUAGUGCUAAAACUUGUUUUACUUCAUCUAAUGCCUCUCAGCUGCUGUUGCAUCCUUCUUGGAUGGAUUCACCCAGAAAGCACAACCCUGAUUUUGCCUGAGAAGGACUACUAACAGAACCUGAAACUGUAUCAACAUUUUCUGUACAGGACAGAUUCUGACAGCUUCUUUCUUAAGAUUAAUCUCCAACCUCAAAAAUAUUUUCAUUAUGCACUCAGGCCAUAGCUUCCUAAUCAAUAAAGUAAUUCCUACCACGGAGAAUGAAAAGGAAGAGAGACUGAAAGCCCAGCAGCGGAACUCACCAACUAGCUUCCCUCUUCCGGUUCAGGGGCUGAUACUUCAGCAACAAAUGAUGAAUGGCAGAAUGUUUAAGUUUUAUCAAAUGAAGCACAUUUUUGAAAUACUCGAUAAAAUGAGAUGCCUGCGAAAGCGUUCCACAGUGUCAUUCUUGGGAGUUCUUGUCAUUUUCCUUCUCUUUAUGAACUUGUACAUUGAAGACAGCUAUGUUCUGGAAGGAGACAAACAACUUAUAAGGGAAACAUCCACACACCAGCUGAAUUCAGAACGUUAUGUGCACACUUUCAAAGAUUUAUCUAAUUUCUCAGGAGCCAUCAAUGUCACCUAUCGCUACUUAGCUGCCACGCCUUUACAAAGAAAGCGGUUUCUUACAAUUGGACUUUCAUCAGUGAAACGAAAAAAAGGAAACUAUUUACUUGAGACGAUCAAGUCAAUUUUUGAGCAAUCCAGCUACGAAGAGCUGAAGGAAAUUUCAGUGGUGGUUCACCUGGCAGACUUUAAUUCAUCCUGGCGUGAUGUCAUGGUCCAGGAUAUUACACAGAAAUUUGCCCACCAUAUUAUUGCAGGAAGAUUAAUAGUUAUACAUGCUCCAGAGGAAUAUUACCCAAUCCUGGAUGGCCUUAAAAGAAAUUACAAUGAUCCAGAAGACAGAGUCAGAUUUCGUUCUAAGCAAAAUGUAGAUUAUGCUUUUCUGCUUAAUUUUUGUGCCAAUACUUCAGACUAUUAUGUAAUGCUUGAAGAUGACGUUCGAUGUUCAAAAAAUUUCUUAACUGCCAUCAAGAAAGUCAUUACAUCCCUAGAAGGAACCUACUGGGUAACUCUUGAGUUCUCUAAGCUUGGCUACAUUGGAAAACUUUAUCAUUCUCAUGAUCUCCCACGUUUGGCACACUUUUUAUUAAUGUUUUAUCAAGAAAUGCCUUGUGAUUGGCUAUUGACUCAUUUUCGGGGUCUUUUAGCUCAGAAAAAUGUGAUCCGUUUUAAACCAUCUCUCUUUCAGCACAUGGGUUAUUAUUCAUCGUAUAAAGGGACUGAGAAUAAGCUGAAAGAUGAUGAUUUUGAAGAAGAGUCAUUUGACAUCCCUGAUAACCCUCCUGCAAAUCUCUACACCAAUAUGAAUGUUUUCGAAAAUUAUGAAGCAAGCAAGGCUUAUAGUAGUGUUGAUGAGUACUUUUGGGGGAAACCACCUUCAGUAGGAGAUGUCUUUGUGAUUAUAUUUGAGAACCCAAUUUUAAUUAAAAAAAUUAAAGUGAGUACUGGAACAGAAGAUCGGCAAAAUGACAUUUUACAUCAUGGAGCCCUAGAUGUUGGGGAAAAUGUUGUAGAUUUCAAACAAAGUAGACAUUGUGUUACUUACUUAAGACUAGGGGAAUUCAAAAACGGAAACUUUGAAAUGGCAGAGGUGAAUCAAAAAAUUCCAUUUGACAUAAAUUGUAUAAGGAUAUAUGUUACCAAAACACAAAAGGAAUGGCUGAUUAUUAGGAGCAUUAGCAUUUGGACUUUUUAACCAAUUAAAUCGAUAUGUCCAGCUAUCAAAGCAGGCUUUCCUGUUUCCUUUUUUGCUACCUUCCCUUUUGCUAUUGUUUGUUGGAGAGAAAGCAAUGGAUGGGAUAUUUUCAAGGAAAAGUCUAAUCAUUUUGGCAGUUUUGAUUUUCGUAUUGUCAACAUAAUUUUAUUCUAAUCCACACUUGUAUUUAUUUUAACUCCUAAAGUUUAUAGUUAAUGCUACUUUCAUUUAUAUUUUUAAUGUGUUGAUGUUAGUUCCAAAAUUCUAAUUAAAUGUCAAAAAUAUGACAUGAAAGAUUUAAAGUGAGAAAAUUUAGUUUGCUGGAUGGUGAGUCUUGAAAAACAGUUGCCAAUUGUGUGCACUUCCUCAAGAAUUAAAACAUUCAUUAUAUCAUCAGAUAGCUUUUAUUAAGCAUCUAUGUGAAUAUGCAGUUGGUUAGAAUGAUAAUCUUUUUUUUAUUGUAAACAUAGAUUUUCAUAGACUUCUGUACAUCUACAAUGAAUACCUCCUCAUAGAAGUGAUGUCUUUACAACAGAAUUUUGUGCAUAGGUGGAGUGAUGGAAAGAAAAAAAAAUGACUUAAAAUAUUUCUCCCCUGAUCAUUUAUACAAAAAGGGGCAUUGUUCAUUGUAUAGAAACAAUUAACUGAGCACCUAUUGUUAAUAAAUUUUCUGUGGGAAGCAGUCUUUUUCUAGAUUCCCUUUUGCAAAAAGAAUAGUUAUGCUCAAUAUUUUCAAGUUAUAUUGGGUACCUACAUUUAAUAGAAGAAAUUAGAGAAGGCCUAUAGUUAGUUCAUUCUUACAAACAUUUACAGUAAAUGCGGAAAACUUUUGAAAUUGAUUUUAUAUGUUUUGUAUUAAAAUUCAUAUAAUU